AUGACCAGCCUCAGGUCCAUUUGGCUGGACAACAACAUGUUUACGGGGUCGCUGGCGCCCCUCGCUGCUCUCUACUCCCUCACCAGAAUCUCCCUGUGCUGCAACCGCUUCAAUGGUUCCAUACCGCCCACCUUCGCCAGCAACCCGACCGACUUUGACGUGUCAGUGAACGACCUCACAGGGCCGCUGCCCUCCAGCCCUGAACCUGCUGGCGGCCUGAAUUUCAACGCGUCGUUCAAUCGCCUCUCGGGGGAAAUCCCUUUCGACUUCAACGCCAACAUCUUUUACACCCUUGACAUAUCUCACAACAAUUUAUCGGGCAGAGCAUUCUUUUCCGGGCAAAAAGGGGGAGCAUUCUUUUCUCUUACCUCUACCGUCAACUUCGCGCACAACAGAUUCUCGGGAGCACUCGACCCCUCCCUCUCCAUCUUCACCUACCUCUCCGAGCUGGACAUAUCAGGCAACCUCCUCACGGGGUCCAUUCCUGCCUUCAUGUCACGCCUCACUUACCUCACUCUGCUCGACCUUUCUUCCAACCAGUUCACUGGCACCGUGCCGCCAGCUGUCAGCAACCCCACUGGCCUCGUCAACAUCAACCUGGCACACAACCUGCUGCAGGGCUCCCUUCCCCGGGCCCUCUCCCGCCUCGCCUCCCUCACCUACCUCAACGUGUCGUCCAAUCAGCUGUCAGGAGACAUCACACCAGCCCUCUUUCCUCUGCGCUCCCUUGAGAUUGUUGACAUUUCAGCCAACGCAUUGAACGGCUCUGUUCCGCCCUUCUUCAGUCGUAUGCCCAACAUGACCCACCUGGACAUGGCUAUCAACCUACUCUCCGGCUCGGUGCCUCCCGCCAUUUUUAACCUUCGACGGCUCUCCCACCUCAACAUGUCUCGCAACCGCCUCUCAGGCCCUCUGCCCAACGCUGCUGCCAGUCCAGCUCUCAUCAUCGACCUUUCAUUCAACACACUCUCGGGGACACUGGAGAGCCAGCAUGUCAACCUCAAGCGACUGGCAUUGCUUGCGGCGCAUCACAACCAGCUCUCUGGCCCCAUUCCCGAGUACCUCUGCCAAUCUGUGCUGCAGAUCAUGCUCCUAAGCAGCAACGCCUUCUCAGGGGCCCUCCCUCAGUGCCUGCCCUUCGUCUCCUCGGUCCAACUCAUUGACGUCAGCAAUAAUCUGCUCUUCAUGGAUGCUGCAACCUUCCAAAACAUGCCGCCCAUCAGCCUGGAUCUCAGCGGCAACUACCUCUACGGCUCCCUCUCCCCCUCCCCCAACAUCACCCUCUCCUCCUCCUCCUCCUCCUCGCCCCCCACCCCCUCUCUCGUCCUCCCAGCGACCCCCCAGCCCCAGUCCCUCCCCCCCUGGGCAGUCCAGGAAGCAACGAACCCUCAGUGGGUGUGGGGGACGCAGGGGGGGCAGCUGGGGGCAGCUGCAGCAGGAGGGGCGAGCGGCGGGAAUAGCAGCAGCUCAGUGGCGUGGCUGGCAGUGGAGGGCAACUGUGUGGGGAGUGAGGUUGUGGGGCAGCAGCGGGGGGCAACAGAGUGUGCCGCGGUGUGUGGGAUAGAGUCAGGGCAGGGCGCGUGUGGGGGAGCGGGUGCGGGGCAGUGUGUGGUGCAGAGCGGUUGGCCGCCGUCCCUCUCCUGCUCCUGUGCCAGUGGCUACGUUGCUGUCACUGCUGCCGGCACUGCCAACACCACCACUUGCCAACUGCCGCCCCCUUCCCCUCCCGCGUCCUCAUCAGGGCUGUCAGCAGGGGCGGUGGUAGGCAUAGUGGUGGGCGCUGUGCUGCUGCUCGCAGCUGUCGCUGGCCUUCUCUUCUUCUUCCUCCGCCCCUCUCAGAGAAGGUCGUUGGACCUGGACCAGUGUGUGGCGUACCGCAUAGAGGACAUUCGCCGCGCCACCAACAACUUCGCGCCGGACUCCAAGCUGGGCGAGGGCGGCUUCGGCAGCGUCUUCAAGGGCACCGCCCCCGACGGCACCCUGUGGGCCAUCAAGCGCGCCAAGUUCCUCACCAACGACUUUGAGAAGGAGGUGCGGGCAGUGGCAACGCUGAGGCACCAGCACCUGGUGCGCCUGCUGGGGUACUGCAUGGACUACAACGCCGCCACGGGCCACCAGGAGCAGAUCCUCGUCUACGAGUUCGUGCCCCAAGGCGACCUCUCCCACUACCUCCACGCCGGGGACGCUCCCCCUGGUUCCACCCGCGUGUCGCUCUCCUUUGAAGAGCUCCUGCGCAUCGCACAGGGCGCGGCGGAGGGUCUGGCUUACCUGCACCACUCGCUCUCUCCGCCCAUUGUGCAUCGCGAUGUGAAGCCCGCGAAUAUUCUCAUUGGGGAGGGCAGGACCGCGAAGCUGGGUGAUUUCGGGCUGGUGAAGACGGAUAACCUGGAGAAUGCGACGAACCUGGCGGGCACGCCCGGGUACAUGGACCCAGAUUAUGGUGACAGCAAGAUUGUGACGACGGCGAGUGAUGUGUUCAGCUUUGGAGUGGUUCUGCUGGAGAUGGUGUCGGGGAAGCGGGCCGUGCUGGAUGAGAGUGACAUCGCCUUCAGCAACCGUCACAUUUCCAUCUGGGCGAAUGAGCUUGUGAUGGCGGGGAAGAUCACCCAAGUGGUGAUGGAGGACCUGAAAGCGCCACCCGAUGCCAUCAUUAUGUUUGUUGAUCUGGCCAUGGAUUGCCUGAAGCGCCCUGGAGCCCUGAGGCCGGAGAUGAGGGAUGUGGCACGGCGCCUCACCAACAUUCUUGCCGUUGCACAAGGAAAUGUGCCGGUGGGUUGGGUGAAGCAAAAGUCAUUGACGGGCAGUACUGGGAACGAUUCGAGUGUCAAAGCUGUCGAUGAAGCGGAGCCAUUGAAGAAGGAAAUUGCUUAG